AUGAUAGAAGACAUAGACGAAAGAAACAGCAAAGAACUACAUGAAGAAUAAUAACUAAACAAAGGACUAGACUUGCAAACCCUCACUAAUGUUAAUGGUAAUUUUAAAAUAUAUGAUACGAACUUUGACAUUAUUAAUAGAACGUCAAAUAUGGGUGGUUUGAUAAUUACAAAACAUCUUAGAUAAGAAGUUGGAGGCACAAUAAGCGAAGAGAGAGGAGGUUCAGUUAAAAAUACAGGUUUAUAAAAUAGCAAGAUAUUCAACUUCUAAAAUAUUCAUUCAACUCAAACUCCAAACGCAUUAUAGCUGAAGUUACUUCAAAAGCUUCAGACUAUACAUAACUCUAACUCAAAUAAUACAAAUACCCCUUAGCCAGAUGUAGAAAAGAAUAAUGAAAAAAAUAGCACACCAGGUUAAAAUCAUUAAUAAGAUAAAUCUAACCCUGAAAGCGAGAGUAAACAAAUAGUGAGCAGAAAUAAUUUCAACUAGUCAAACACUUAAGUUUCUCAAUUCUCAAUAAAGUCUGUGGGAAAUUAUUCAAAUAUGCUGAUGAGGAAGAGAGGAAGCAUUUAAAAAGAACGAAGAGCAAGUACAAAUCCAAAUCCACUUCCUAAUUUUCAUAAUAGUAAAAUUUCAGGGAAAUCUUAUGGUUGUGUUGCUGCAUUUGCAGCUAAUACAAAUGUAGGAAUUCCAACUAAGUUUAAGGAGUCUGUCCACUCCGUUAAUUUCACUGAGUGGCCAUAAAUAUAGAUAUUUGGAAUUUAUGAUGGUCAUGGAGGAGUAUAAUGCGCCGAUUAUUUAAAGGAGAACUUGCACAAUAAAAUUGUUCGAAAUUCUAAGUUUCAGACUGACAUCAUCUAAGCAAUUUAGGAGGGUGCAGAGGAAUGUGAUAGAGAAUUUUUGAAUAAGGUCAAUGAUGAUUUUCAAAGAACGAUUCAAAUUAGUAAUUUGCCUAGGGAGCAAGUGCAAGUAAAUAGAGCUGGUUCAAUAAUAGCUAAUGGAGGGAAAAUAUAUCAAUCUUCAACUGUAUUUUAAAAUGGCCAGCCAACGACACAGAUAAAGCAAGAUAUCAUUGAAACGUUGACUAUUCAGAGCGAAAAGGAGAAAAAUAAUCCUUACGUUGGACCAUACAGAGUUUUUCCAGGUAAACUUUCUGUGACGAGAACAUUUGGAGAUAUUGAAGCUAAAUUUGCAGAGUUUGGAGGAAAGGAGGGUAUUGUUGUGAGUGAGCCAGAUAUUACAGAAAUAAAAAAUGGAGGAGAUGAAGUGGAUUUUAUUUUGAUCGGGAGUGACGGAGUAUUUGAUAAACUGACUAAUGAAGAGAUAAGUGAUAUUUGUUGGGCGCAAAUAAGACAGUACGAAUCUGACUAAAAUAUAUCUGUUCACUAAAUAUGCGGGAAGAUUGCUGAUUAAAUUUUAAUAUAAUGUGGAAUAAAUCAGUCAUUGGAUAAUGUAUCAGUGGUAUUCGUAGCAUUUCAGCAGCUAUAAGCAUAUUUAAAUGAAAAACGAGGAUUACAAGAUAAAAAGGAUCUUAGUCCUAAAAAAAUCAUUACAGCACUUGAUUUUGACAAAAGUAUCUUUAAAAAAAGAAAAUCAAACUAACAGCCACCAAAUCUAUCUGCUCUUAAACUUAAAAAUGGUAUGAACUUAAACAACAAGCAAAUUUAUCAAAAGAUUUAAAUGAGAGUAAAUAAAUCUAGAAAUAUCAUGACGAGUACAUCAUAAAGUCAGAGCUCUACAUAGUCAUUAAGUUAAAAGAGCAACGAAGAAACUGAGAGCUAAAUAAACAAAGCAUAUGAGCAUCUUAAUAGAUAUAAGAAAAACAACUUGGCCGGCCACUCAUAAACUCAAAAUAAUAUCUCAUAGUAAAAUUCUCCAAACAUUCAAAGCAUGAAAACGGAGCCUUUUAUUCUGCCAUCUUUGAAAUAAAAUAUUUCUUAACUAUCCUUUAAUAAUAACAGGAUUAGCGAGCAAAAUAAUCCAUUGCGUAGAAGUCUAAAUAGCAAUCUUAAUAAAAUUGAAUAACAAUAAAAUAUAAAGCAAAAAAAUCUUGAAUACUAUUAAAGUAAGACUAAUAUUCCUACUUCGACCUCAAUUGAAGUGCAAAAGCUCAGAAUUCCGAAAAAUAUACCAAAACCACAUAGUGGUGAUAAAAUGGUAUGA